AUGAUUCCAGGUCUUCCCCCUGCUUUUGAUGUGGAGCACGACCGUAUGGAAGAAGUUUUUUCAUUCAUUAAGAGUCGUGUGGUUGGACAGGAUGGUAAUGUGUUAUCAUCUGAAGAGUCGUGGGUACAACGGGAGCUGCAGUAUUAUGAAAACUUAUAUACAGAACAACAGGAACUCUCAGUAUGUCUUGUCACUUUUAAUGUUGCCAGUAAGAAACCACCUGCGAAUUUAUCCACACUCAUUUCACAUACGAUGCCCGGUGAAAAUAAUAAACCUGUUGAUUUAAUCAUGGUAAGUCUUCAAGAAGUUGAUAUGAGUGCUACAGCCAUGUUAAAGGAAGAAACAGAAGCUGCUACACCUUGGGUGAAUGCUCUACAGGCUUUAGUAGGUGCAGACUCUAACCAAGGGAGUUCAUCUCUUUAUUAUGCUUUUCCCCCCAAACAAUUAGUUGGACUUCUUCUUUGUGUUUAUUUGCGGCGAUCCCUUGUUCCAUAUGCACAGGAAACAUCUGUUAUGACGGUUGGAACAGGCGCAUUAGGUAGUAUGGGAAACAAAGGGGCUGUUGGUUUUCAUCUUGUGCUGCAUCGUACAAGUUUAUGUCUUAUUAAUGCUCAUCUUGCUGCUGGAACAAAUAAUGUGGUUAAAAGAAAUGAAGAUGCAAGUAAUAUUUUUAUGGGAAUGGAUUUUAAUGCACAGAAACGACAAUUGUAUGCGGCGGCGGCUGCACAAGGUUCAUUUUCUGCUCAAGAUAUUAUGUUUCAACAACCUGAAAUGCUUCCUCAUGACCAUGAUAUUAUCAUCGUUGCUGGAGAUCUUAAUUAUAGGUUGAAGUUAUCAUAUGAUGCCGCUGUUGAAAUGGCACUUCGGUGUGAUGUGGAAGGUUUAUUAGAACAUGAUGAAUUUACAGUAGAGUUAGCUAAUCCACAUUCUCCAUGGUUAGGAUUUGUAGAUGUUAAACCCACAUUUCCACCAACUUAUAGGUAUGAUAUUGGAACCAAUAUAUAUGAUACGAGUGAAAAACAACGUGUACCUAGUUAUACAGAUCGUAUAGUUAUAUGGACAAGACGUAAAGCUCAUCAGAAAUUAAUUCGAGUGGAUUCAUUACGUGCUUUAAUGGAUGUCUAUAGUAGUGAUCAUAAACCGGUACAAGCUUUACUCUCUGUUCCUAUUCUUUGUGAAGUGGAGGAUAAAAAGAAUGCCGUCAGGCGAUCUCUGCGUGAACGAGUAGCACAGGUAGGUCUUGAUCGAAGUUCUAGUGCAAAGACCACAGUUGAUCCUGUUUCUCUUGAUUUUGGUGCGCAGCAGUUUUACGACUGUGGAGCCCGGCAUGUACUGCAUAUCACUAACACUGGUGAAUGUGUGGCAGUCGUAAAAAUAUUCCGUCAACGCAAUAAUGAUUUGAGUGAGGGGGCGUGGUUGCGUGUAUAUCCUGCUAGUUUUUCUAUUCUCCCUAAUGAAGUGAAGGAGGUAAUUGUGGAGUGUCAAUUACAUCCACGUUGUAUGCGGUGGAUGAGUCUAUGGCGUCCAUUUGAAGGACGUGGUCGAUUAAGUCUUUCCUCUAUGCUCGUUAUCUUUGUAAAUCAUGGACCUGUUCAUUUGGUAGAAUGUACAUGUAUUCUUAAACCAAGUGUGUUUGGUAACUCACUUGAAAAUAUUUCCAUGCUACAAAAUGAAGUGUGCGUUUCUGCUUAUGCCCUUAAUGAAGUUCCUGAGAAAUUACGUAAAGCCAUACGUCCACAACUUCCAAAGGAAUUAUGGUUCUUGUGUGAAGCUAUUUAUGAGCGUGGGGCUCGUCAACCAAAUCUCUUUACAGAAGAUACCUCUAAUGAAACAUGUGAUGCUAUUAUGCAUCACUUAGACACCCGUUGUGAACCCAUUCCAGUAGAUUACGAUGUGCACUGUGUUGCUACUUGUCUUAUCACUUUUCUUCAAUCUUUACAAGAACCUGUCGUACCUUUUUCAUUAUAUGGGGCAGCUUUGGCAGCAGGAAAAGCAAAGGGUAAAGCCCCACUGGUAUUUGUACAACAACAACUCCCACCACAACAUGCUAAUGUAUGGAUUUACGUUUGUGCCUUGUUAAACUUUUUGUUGAGACCUGUAAACGCACGAAGUAAUGAGUUAACAAGUAAACUUUUGGCAAAACUAUUUAGUGAUGUUAUGCUUGUACGCCCAAGUGUCUUAAUGUAUGGAGCAUCAGGAAGUGCUGUUGGGAAUUACAAGGAGCCAACAACUAAUACCCAAGGUGGUGUGGCCUCUCAAACACUACGGCAACAGCUGCAGCAGGAAAAGGAAGACGCGAUGAGUCUCAUUGAGUACUUUCUCGUUCCACCUCCUGAUUCACUUCGGUAG